AUGGACGACCUCAAGCAGAUCCUGGCGCGGCCGAUCCAGCUCGCCGAGCAGGUAAUAAAGUGGUCCGAUGAGGCCUACACGUUCCGGCAGGAGUGCAUGGAGCUCAAGGCCAAGGUCGAGCGCCUCGCCGGGCUGCUCCGCCAGGCCGCGCGCGCCGACCUCUACGAGCGCCCCGCGCGCCGCAUCUUCGACGACACCGAGAAGGCGCUCGACAAGGCGCUGGCCCUCGUCGACAAGUGCCGCGCCCACGGCCUCGUCCGCCGCGUCUUCACCAUCAUCCCCGCGGGCUCCUUCAAGAAGAUGACCAACCAGCUCGACAACUCCGUCGGCGACCUCUCCUGGCUCCUCCGCGUCUCCUCAACAGGCCCAUCCUCUUCCCUCAUCUGGGAGCAGAUCGCCGUGCUCUACACCGGCAACCUCGAGGCCCGCGCGGACGCCGCCGCCAGCCUCGUCUCGCUGGCGCGCGACAAUGACAGGUACUCGAAGCUCAUCAUAGAGGAGGACGGUGUGCCGCCGCUGCUCAAGCUCGUCAGGAGGGGCAUCUCUCGGGGCCAGGAGAACUGCGCGCUCGCCAUCGGCCUCCUGGGCCGCGAUCCGGAGUGCGUCGAGCAGAUGGUCCAGGCCGGGGUGUGCCUGGCCUUCGCCAAGGUGCUCAAGGAGGGCCCCAUGAAGGUGCAGGCCAUGGUGGCCUGGGCCGUCUCGGAGCUCGCUGCCAACCACCCCAAGUCCCAGGACGCCUUCGCGCUGCACAACGUGAUCCGGCUGCUCGUCGGCCACCUCGCUUUCGAGACGGUGCAGGAACACUCCAAGUACGCCAUCACAUCCAAGAUGUCAAUACAUUCCGUGCUAAUGGACAAAAGAACAGCACCGGCUCUGCAGUUCAGCCGGACUUAUUGGAUGCAGGGGAGCAUGGCGGCAUGA